UCGAAAUGGCAAGGAUGAUCUGAUGAACUUUGAGGUGUCCAUUCGACCUGACGAAGGAUCCUACAGGGGAGGCAAGUUUUUAUUUUCCUUCCAAGUUUCCCCUAUCUAUCCACACGAAGCACCAAAGGUCAAGUGCAAGACCAAGGUUUAUCAUCCUAAUAUUGACUUGGAAGGGAAUGUCUGCCUCAACAUAUUACGAGAAGAUUGGAAACCCGUGCUCAACAUAAAUACAAUUGUUUAUGGAUUGUACCAUCUUUUUAUGGAACCAAAUCAUGAGGAUCCUCUCAAUCAUGAUGCAGCUGCAGUGUUAAGAGAUGACCCGAAGAGAUUUCACUACAAUGUGAGAAAAGCUAUUGCCAGUUGA